AUGGCAUUCCUCCUGAGGGAGCUCAAGACUAAGACACCAGAAGUUAAACACAGGAACUUGAUUGAGAAAGUGAAAGAUGCGUCACGUGAGAAGGAAAGGUUUCUGGAAGUUUAUCCUCAGAUGAAACGGGAGCUUGAGGAGAGCAUCAGGAAGCUCCACGCCCUUGCAGACAUGAUUGACAAGGUUUAUAGGGGCUACACCAUCACGCAAGUGCUGGCCAGCUCCACCGGUGCUGUGUCUGGGUUCCUGACAAUCCUUGGUCUCGCUCUGGCACCUGUGUCAGCAGGAUUCAGUGUGGGACUUUCAGCCACAGGCUUGGGGCUUGGGGCAGCAGCGGCUGUGAUGAGUGUUUCCGCAACCAUUGUGGAAAAGGUAAGCAUGGUGUUUGUGGAAGCUGAAGCCAGCGAGCUUCUGCCAAGAAACAAAGACACUGAGGAGAACAUACAAGAUUCUUUGAAGGAGAUCACCACCAGGCUUGUUUCUGUAUCUAAGAAAUUUGUUAACACUGUGGAUGACAUAAAGAAGAACAUUGAUGCCAUCAAGCUGACCAAAGCCAACCCUUGCCUAGCAAAUAAAGCUAAGCGUCUAAUGACUACAGGGAAGCUGUCAGCCAAAAGCACUAAACAGGUAAUGAAAGCCUUUGGAGGCACUGCUCUGGCAAUGACCAAAAGAGCCCGGAUCAUGGGUGCAGCCACUGCAGGUCACUCCCUAGCGCUAGAUAUAGUCAGCAUCGUAAAAGACACAAAGCAUUUGCAGGAGGGUGCAAAGGCAGAGUUUGGUGCAAAGCUGCGGCAGCAGGCUCGGGAUCUAGAGCAGAAGUUGCAGGAGCUCAUCCGGGUUCAUGACAGCCUGACUCAGUGA